AGUCUCCGAUUAUAGUCGAGAGCGGUAGGUAACGUUUCGCGUCGAUUAUUUUAUGUGCCAUGUAAAAGACGCGACGAAAUCAAACGAUGUUUGAAUUAAUUUAACACAGUAAUUUUUUUUUCAAAUAAACUUUAUUGAUAUUAGUAGUUGUUUGUUUAGGGAAAUUUCUAGAUUUACUUUACACAUUUAUAUAGUAUAACCGAACUAUUAGAGUGGCAAACAUAACCUCUAUAAAAUAUUAAAGUAUUGAAUUUAUAUUUGUAUUUAGAACAUUCAUACAAACUUUUGGCGAAUUUUUGCACGUUUAAACUUAUAAAAAAAGCAAGGAUAUAUACGGGGCGUUUUAAAAAUUCAUUAUAUAAAAUUUGGAAACAAUGAAGUGUUGAGGGUAUCCACAGAUAUGUCCGCGACGGAUUCCAAAGACCAAACGUCAACCAGAAAAACCUUCGCCAAAUUACCAGUUCAUCAACUGAAUCCGAGUUAUACAGUGCGCGUCAUUUGUUGCGUUUUCCUCAUAUUUCUCACCGAAAUCUUGUUGGCUCAUUACGUUUAUCGAUUAAUGAAUUCUGAAAUAAGAGAAGACUACGUUUCGAAAAAUUCGUUUCGACAACAUUUCCUUCUCGAAUUACGCAGUGAGGAUUUCAGAAACGAAGUCGGAAGAAUAUUUAGGGAAUUGGGGAGCAUCAAUACCAACGUAAAUAGAAAGAAGAGGAGUGUCAAACAUAAAUUGGAUUAUAAUUAUCUGGAAAUACAAGCGGAGGAGCCGCAAGUCGAGUUUUUUAAUCAGAAAACUAGAUUAGUUGGCGAUGAAAAAGGUGAAGAAAAUUUACGAAAACCCGGGAAGAAGGAGUUAUCGCCCGGGGGGGAUUCUUGGAUAUGGGUCACUAGUUCUAGUAGGAUACCGGAAAAAGCUUUGGAAAGUUAUUGUCAAAAAGUACAAGAAUUUUGUCCUAAAAAUGUAGGACCGCAAGGACCACCGGGACAAAAAGGAGAACAAGGACUACGAGGUUUUCCAGGAAUACCAGGAGACAUGGGCAACAGGGGAUUUACAGGUCCGAAGGGUUCGACGGGUUCUAAAGGGGAGCCCGGUUUGAACGGUCUUAAAGGAGAUAAAGGAGAACGAGGUUUCUAUGGUUCACCGGGAUUUCCUGGUGAAAAAGGAGAACAAGGUCGUCCCGGUUUGGACGGCAGAGAUGGUUUACCAGGAGAACCGGGGUUAUACGGUCGUCCUGGUCGCAAUGGAUACGAUGGUGCCCCAGGAAAAGACGGUAUACCCGGAAUGGACGGUAAAGAUGGUAUAAAUGGUAUGAAAGGUGAGAGAGGUUUAACUGGUCCUCAAGGACCCAGAGGUUUAACGGGGUUACCAGGACCGCGCGGAAGACCUGGUAAGCCAGGUACGCAUGGUACGCCCGGUAUACCCGGUAUAUCUACUUGGCAAUUUACUGAUAAGAAUACUUCGAAAUUGUUAAUUCCCCCCUCCAUUGCAGGAGCUCCCGGAAAAAUAGGCCCCCACAUUGUACACGAAAGAGAAAAUGUAAAUUUGCAGUGCUUAGCCUCUGGUAAUCCUCCCCCACGUACUUUAUGGCAACGUCUGGAUAAUAGGCCAGUUAUUAUGGGAACAUGGCAAGAGCUGCAGGUUCCGGGUCCUAAUUUGAGUAUUCCGCAAAUAACACGCGAUCACAUGGGAAUUUACAUGUGCACGGCUGAUAAUGGAGUGCCCCCACAGGCGAACAGGACGUACCUAAUUGAGGUUCAUUUUCCUCCCCUCGUCAGAAUAUCAAAUCAAAAUGUGCCAGCGGCAAACGGAUCAACAGCGGUCUUGGAAUGCGAAACAGAAGCUUUUCCCGAACCCCUUCGAUACUGGGAACGAUCUGAUGGUAGACUACUCGAAAAUAGCGAUAAAUUUCGAAUAGAUAAUUCACUAGAACGAAACGGGUACAGAUUCAGGAUGCAGCUGAAUAUAACCAAAAUAACUAGUCAAGAUUUCAACUAUAAAUAUUAUUGUAUCAGCAAAAACGAAUUGCAAACAACUAAAGGAGAAUUUCAAUUGGGAAAAUAUACGUCUGAUCAGUCGUUAUACACCGAAAGGGGUAAGGGUCCAGUUCUGUUCGGUAUGAUUCCUCCCGAGAAAGUAUCGUUGGAAGAUCUUUGCGGGCCUCCGAUCCAAUGCCCCGAGUGCGAUUUCAAAGAACAGAAAUGCAUUUCUGGGGGAGUAUCUUUGGUCGAUUUAAUCAGCCAUUGGGAGGUACAUCCUUAUAACGAAGAUAUCACUUAUAGCGGUUUUCCUAAUAGGGUUAAAGAUUGCGUGCUAUACGCGGUAGGUAAACCAGUCUAUCUUCGAACAACUGAAGAUCAAUUUGGAUGCUGGAUGAGGGAUUCUAAUCCGGUAUCGGAUAAAGACGAGAUGAAAUUUUGGGUAACUAAAGAAACUUACCCGGAUAAAUUAUUUGAAUAUGCUAAUAAAACUAUGUAUAGGAACGAUACUCAUACUGCUGUAUAUGAUUUAGAUCAUCCAUUCGGGGGAAACACCCACGUCAUAUACAACGGUAAUUUUUUCUACAAUAUCAAAGAUACUCUUAGAAUUGUCAGGUAUAAUCUUCUCAAUCAAAGUACGGUACCUUUGGAUUUACCUAGUUCGGAUUCAAAUCCAAAAUUUAACAAUAAUAAUAAAAACGUUAAACUUUAUAAAGGCCAAUAUAAUACUGUUGAUUUUAACGUAGACGAUAAUGGAUUAUGGAUAAUAUUCGCAGUACCGGGUUCAAAUAAUACUGCCAUAAUGAAAGUGAACACGGAAACCAUGAAAGCUCAAUAUAUUUGGAACAUAAGUCUGGAACAUCAAAAAGUCGGUGAAAUGUUUAUUGUUUGCGGCGUCCUUUACGCCGUAGAUAGCGUAACCGAUCGAAAUACGAAAAUACGAUUCGCUUUCGAUCUUUAUAAAAAUAAUUUACUAGAUGUGAAUUUGGCGUUUACGAAUCCUUUCAGAAAGACUACAAUGUUGGGAUAUAACGCAAGAAAUCAGGAAUUGUAUUCUUGGGAUAAAGGAAACCAAUUAACUUAUCCUGUUCGAUAUCAUGAUAUAGGUUACAACUCAACAGCGGCACCUGGAAAAGAUGACAGAAGUGAAAUAUUGGAUGCCAUUUGAAAUGCAAUUUAGUUUAUAAACCUUCUUAAUUUAAAAACAAACAUAAACAUGAUUUAAUAAAUUUUAAAAAUA